AUGUCUACUACUUUACUAUGGUUUUCGAGCGUAAUAGGCUACGUGAUUCAAACGAAAUGUCUGUCCAAUAUACAAUCUAGGAAGGAGGUCCCCGUGGGGGCCAACAGCACCGUUGCGACCCCCGAGGCUAACGGUGACAAUGGCAACAACGGCUCGCUGACCUUCUAUCUGACCUUCAUGUACUUUGCGUCGUGGUUGCUCUUGGUACCUGCAUCUCGACUCUGGAAGAACAUGAGACCGAUGUUUAUCUCAGAUUCAGAAUCGAACAGAACCCUCGAGCUCAACGGCACUAAUACCGAGUCCGUUAUGGACGACGACGUGGAUACGUUCUCACACGUACUAGAUGACCCUCAACCACGCAUUGCCAUCCAACAACAAAAACAAAAAAUCAUAUCCGUUGCCAGCAUGAAGUAUUUAGCUAAGCUGACAGUGUUGGCCUCAAUAAUGAUUGUAGCGAACCUGACUUACAACUUAGCUUUGUCUUUAUCGCCAGCAUUUGAUGUUGCUCUGAUACAAAACACUGCCAUUUUCGAAAUUGUCACUCUUCUCUACGGUGUUUGCGGGAUCUCCAGGAAAAACUAUGUGUUCCGUAACUUCCUAAUUAUGAUGAAUGCCGUCAUUGGCAUUUUGAUCAUCUCGUACACAAAGGCUACCUGUGAUAUGCUCGCCGGCAAGCUGUCUGUUAACCCUAAUACGGGUGAACUUACAGACCCCUUCUUGUUUGACAGGUUGAAAGGUGCCUUGAUUUGCGGUCUCGGUGCUUUGGUUAUGGGCCCAUUCGCCGUGUUAUGGAACCGUUGGUUUUGCAGCAACAUUUCUAAGAACGACAACUCUGCCGUUGUCUUGGUCAAGCAAAGCACUCAUUUGGCCCUGAUCGGUGUCAUCGGUAUGAUCAUGCUUUUGCCAUUCAUUCCUAAAUUCCCCUCUCGCGGGUCUUUGGAAUCCAUCUCCUUGUUGUACAAUGACAAGAGCUUCUGGUUUUCAUUGCUCGGCGCAAUUUUCUUUGGCACACUACCAAACCUGGUUUCGGUACUAGAGUUGAACCGUAAAGCUCCCGCUGAGUAUUUGACUACAUGCAAUUUAGGGGCUAUUAUAUUCAUGGGGUUGGCCGAAUGGAUUUGCGAACCCACCCAGACCACCAUCGUUAGAUGGGAGGUCAUUGGCUACAUAAUGUUGACUGUAAGCUUGUUGGUCUUGUCAGUGACACUAGGUGAAGGUAAAUACCAUCAUUAG